UGUAAGAAAACAGGAAGUGUAGAGGCUUUAAGACAAACCACUGAUCUGUCAGUUAUUUAUCAGUCUGACAGAAUGGAGCUGUGGACACUCCGUAUGAUGAUCUUGCUUAUUUCAUUUUUCCAUGUUGGACAAGCUCAAGCAGAGAAUAAACCAGUUCUGUAUGUGCAGCCAAACGCACCACAUAUAUUCAGAGGAGAGAUUGUUACACUCUCAUGUAUAAUUUCGGGAGGUAGUGGACCAUAUAGCUGGUACAAAGAUGGUGUUCAUCUUCACAGCUCUGCUGAAAGGGACUACACUAGAAAAGUAGAUCAGAGUCACAGAUACAGUUGUUAUGGGCUUAAGAAUGGACAGUCAACAGCAUGGAGUGAUGAAGUGACUCUCUCAGUGAUAGAAAGACCAAAAGCUGUUGUGACUCUGCAGCCUGAUGGAGAGAUAUUCAGUGGACAGGAGGUCACGUUAACAUGUGAAAUACGAGGACAUGAAGAAACAUUAGAUGUGGAGUGGAUGUACAACUGGUAUAAAGAUGGUGUCCUACUUUCUGCCCCUGUUGGGUACAAGUAUUAUUCAUUCCCUGCAUUCAGCGGUAAAUUCUCCUGCAGAGGACAGACAAAAAGUGACUCACAAACAUCAGAGACCAGCCCUGCUGUUACACUCACUGUGUCAGAUAAACCUAAACCUGAACUCACAUCAGACCUUAAAGGAGCUGCACUGACAGGAAGCUCAGUGAUUCUGUCCUGUACACUGACACCACAGUCUGCUGGAUGGAAGUUUUACUGGAUCAAACCCACACAGAGCUCUGAGACUGAAACACACCAGUACAUCAUCAGUUCAGUUAGAGUCUCUGAUGGAGGUCAGUACAAGUGCAGAGCUGGAAGAGGAAACUCAGUCUACUACACAGACUACAGUGAUGUACUCUGGGUAAAUGUUACUGAAAGUCCUAAAGCUCUGGUGACCAUAAAGCCUGACAAACAUGUGUUCAGAGGAGAGACUGUGACUCUCAGGUGUGAAAUACAGGGAGGAGGAGACACUGAGUGGACAUACAGCUGGUAUAAAGAUGACCAAAUCUACCAAGACCACAAAACCCAGGAGUUCAGCUUCAGCUCAGUUAUAAAUGAACACAGUGGUAAAUACACCUGCAGAGGGAGGAGACGCAGUGACUAUCAGAGCUCAGAGCUCAGUGAUGCUGUUACUCUCACUGUAUCUGAAAAACCUAAACCUGAUCUCACAUCAAACCUUAAAGGAGCUGCACUGACAGGAAACUCAGUGUUUCUGUUCUGUACACUGAAGCUGCAGUCUGCUGGAUGGAAGUUUUACUGGAUCAAACCCACACAGAGCUCUGAGACUGAGACUGAAACACACCAGUACAUCAUCAGUUCAGUUAAAGUCUCUGAUGGAGGUCAGUACAGGUGCAGAGCUGGAAGAGGAAACCCAGUCUACUACACAGACUACAGUGAUGUACUCUGGGUAAAUGUUAUUGAGAGACCUAAAGCUGUGGUGACCAUAAACCCUGACACACAUAUGUUCAGAGGAGAGACUGUGACUCUCAGGUGUGAAAUACAGGGAGGAGGAGACACUGAGUGGACAUACAGCUGGUAUAAAGAUGACCAAACCUACCAAGACCACAAAACCCAGGAGUUCAGUGUCAGCUCGGUUAGAAAUGAACGCAGUGGUAAAUACACCUGCAGAGGGAGGAGACUCAGUGACUAUCAGAGCUCAGAGCUCAGUGAUAAUGUUACUCUCACUGUAUCAGAUAAACCUAAACCUGAUCUCACAUCAAACCUUAAAGGAGCUGCACUGACAGGAAACUCAGUGAUUGUGUCCUGUACACUGACACCACAGUCUGCUGGAUGGAAGUUUUACUGGAUCAAACCCACACAGAGCUCUGAGACUGAGACUGAAACACACCAGGACAUCAUCAGUUCAGUUAGAGUCUCUGAUGGAGGUCAGUACAGGUGCAGAGCUGGAAGAGGAAACCCAGUCUACUACACAGACUACAGUGAUGUACUCUGGGUAAAUGUUAUUGAGAGUCCUAAAGCUGUGGUGACCAUAAAGCCUGACAAACAUGUGUUCAGAGGAGAGACUGUGACUCUCAGGUGUGAAAUACAGGGAGGAGGAGACACUGAGUGGACAUACAGCUGGUAUAAAGAUGACCAGGUCUACAGAAACCUCACAACCCAGGAGUUCAGCUUCAGCUCAGUUAGAAAUGAACACAGUGGUAAAUACACCUGCAGAGGGAGGAGACGCAGUGACUAUCAGAUCUCAGACAUCAGUGAUGCUGUUACUCUCACUGUAUCAGAAAAACCUAAACCUGAACUCACAUCAGACCUUAAAGGAGCAGCACUGACAGGAAGCUCAGUGUUUCUGUACUGUACACUGACACCACAGUCUGCUGGAUGGAAGUUUUACUGGAUCAAACCCACACAGAGCUCUGAGACUGAGACUGAAACACACCAGUACAUCAUCAGUUCAGUUAGAGUCUCUGAUGGAGGUCAGUACAGGUGCAGAGCUGGAAGAGGAAACCCAGUCUACUACACAGACUACAGUGAUGUACUCUGGGUAAAUGUCACUGAGAGUCCUAAAGCUGUGGUGACCAUAAAGCCUGACACACAUGUGUUCAGAGGAGAGACUGUGACUCUCAGGUGUGAAAUACAGGGAGGAGGAGACACUGAGUGGAUAUACAGCUGGUAUAAAGAUGACCAAAUCUACAGAGACCUCACAACCCAGGAGUUCAGCCUCAGCUCAGUUAUAAAUGAACACAGUGGUAAAUACACCUGCAGAUGGUGGAGACGCAGUGACUAUCAGAGCUCAGAGCUCAGUGAUGCUGUUACUCUCAAUGUAUCAGAUGAAGCAAAGACAGUAAUGACAGUGUCUCCACUGAUCUGGCUGGCUGAAGGAGAUUCAGUGACUCUAAGCUGUGAAGUUAAACAUUCCUCUACAGGCUGGACAUUCAUCUGGUACAAAGAUGUUCUCUACACAGACAGACACGGUUCCCUCAGGUCUAGAACACCGCUCCUCUCAGACAGCAGCGGAGGAUCUGGAGGCUCCUACACUCUCAGUCCUGUUUCUCUGAAUCACACAGGACUUUAUAUGUGCAGAGCUGAGAGAGGAGUCUUUCACACACAGUACAGCAAAACACAGCCACUGUGGAUCACUGGUGAAUCUUCUCCAGUGUCUCUGAUCAUCAGACCGAGCAGAACUCAACACUUUACUGCUGACUCUCUCUCACUGAGCUGUGAGGACCAGAGUGACUCUACUGGAUGGACAGUGAGACGAUACAGUUACACUGAGACAUUCGUCGGUUGUUCAUCGGUUUCAGGAUCUAAAUGUAACAUCAACUUCCUCUCUACAUCAUACACUGGUGUUUAUUGGUGUCAGUCUGAAUCUGGAGGAGGCAGUAAUCCUGUCAACAUCACAGUGCACAAUGGUGAUGUGAUCCUGGACAGUCCUGUACAUCCUGUGACUGAGGGGCGUCUUCUGACUUUACGCUGUUUAUUUCGCAACAAAAAGAUCCCAGGUUCUGGUGUUGAUUUCUAUAAAGAUGAUUCCAUCCUCCAGAACCAGACUACAGGAGAGAUGACCAUCAGUAAUGUCACAAAGUCUGAUGAAGGUUUCUACCACUGUAAACACCAAGAGAGAGGAGAGUCACUGAAAAGCUGGGUUUCAGUCAGAGGAAGGUCACAUGAAGGAGCUUCAAUGUCAGUGCUCAGACUGAUCAGCAGUCUAGUGACAGUUUCUGUGUAUCUGCAGCUGACCAUCAUUCUGGCAGUGAAAUGUUUCAGAGCUCGAGUUCAGACUGAUGAAGACACCCAGAAUGCUGUUAUAGAGGAGUGAACAAGAAAAAUCAGAUUUUAGGAUUGUGAAAUAAUUUUGAUUUCUCACAUUUAAAUAUUUACUAUUAGAUGUUUUUUUUCUGAAGUUUUCACACCUCUUCAUGGGGUUAUGAAUUAUGUACACUUCAUUAACAUUAAAAUUAACUAGAUAUUAAGAUCACAUAUUUAAUUAAUCUCUAAUCUCUAUCUAGUUAUAUUCAUCUUUAUAUAACUGGGUAAAAUAUUUUAUAGGUUAAGUAAACUUAUUAAAAUUUUGUAUAGAUGCCAUUGGCAAACAGAAUAUAAUCUAUGUACAUUGUUAACUAACUCUGAUCACUGAGGACAGGUGAGGAGGUUUAUUGUUAGUUUAUCAUUAUAGUUCAUGAUUAAAUGAUUUGACACAAAAAAAAAUAAAAAAAAAACAAAGUUAGUGUUUUCUAGUUAGUCAUCUGGACUUUUUUAGCAUGUGCUGGAAAGAAAACACAUCCAGUUUGUCUUAUUAAGACAUUCAUUCAGGUCUGUUAAUAGUCAAUAAUUUAUUUUAAUAGUCAUCCAUUUCUAUUAAUAGUCAAUAAUUUACAGAUUUAUUUUACAGAAAAUGUGUUGAAAGUGGUGACUCAGUGAUUCAGUCUUUGCAUUAAUCUGAAUGUUGUGAGUUUAAAUCGCAUCACCUUGAGCAAAACUCAUCUGUUCAUCCCUUACUUACUUAAGGUGAUCCAAGUAAAUUCCCUGCCCAAAAUAAAAAUAAAAUUAAAGACAUUAUUCUUACCUCUCUCCCUUCAAUUUGGCUCCUGCGAUGGGUAGGGGGUUGUCCCAUCCCUGUGCGUUGAGCCGACCAGAUGAACUAGUUGUUUCCAGCACUGACGGUCUUGUGCCAGCUGCUCUGCAUCCUCUAUAGCAACUCCUUGUUGUUGAAGGUCGCCCGAAAGGACGUCAAGCCAUCUAAUCUUGCAGCCAGUGUCUUGUUUAACCUCUUUCCCUGACUAACGAAAAACAGGUGAAAAAAAAUAUGGAAGGGGUUUAAACCCAAAUAAAUCGGCGCCCAUCUCUGGUGUCAGAAUAUUAUUAAUUAUAUGGAUUAUUAAUAUUUUUCUUUCUUGUGUUCUUGUGAUCUCGUUAUAACAAUGCAUGGGCUCUUAGGACUUAUGUUAAAUAGUGAAAGUAAACUGUUUACUUAAACUGGAUUUGCACAGUAAAAAGUUUAAGUAAACUCAAUAAAAACCUUUAUUUGA